AUGAUAAUUCAGCCGGCAAAAAUCAAUCUAACUCAUCUUCAGACAGAAUGUCAGAACCCAUUAUCUUCCAAUUUGGAUGUCUUGACGACCCUUGAGAUCGUGCAGCUCAUGAACAAGGAAGAUGUUGGUGUGGUUAGUAGUGUGAGCAACUGUGUCAAUGAUAUUGCUGCUGCCGCCGAUGAUAUCUAUCCCCGAAUUGCUAGUGAUGGAAGAUUGUUUUAUGUUGGUGCUGGUAGCAGUGGUCGAUUGGGGGUUUUAGAUGCUGCUGAAAUUCCUCCUACGUUUUCUGCUUCACCAUCUCAGUUUGUAGGCAUUAUUUCAGGAGGCGAUCGCGCCAUCAGAAUCACCCAGGAAGGUGCCGAAGAUGAUGUUGAAAGUGCCAUUGCCGAUCUCAAACAUUACAACCUGUCACCGUUGGAUACAGUAAUUGGUAUUGCAUCCUCAGGACGAACACCUUAUGUGCUGAGUGCGUUAAACUUUGCCAAAACCUUUGGUUGUUUGACUGUAGGUAUUUGCUGUGUUAGCCCAUCGGCAAUGCAAGAAUGCGAUUUCAUUGAUCACCUAGUUGCGCCUGUAACGGGUCCAGAAGUUGUUACAGGCUCCACAAGAUUGAAGGCUGGAACUGCUACUAAGAUGGUUCUCAAUAUGCUUAGUACUACAAUCAUGGUGAAACUCGGAAAAACAUAUGGAAAUCUUAUGGUCGAUCUCAAGCCAAGUAACUUGAAGUUAAAAGAAAGAUCGAAAAAGAUAUUUAGAACUAUUUGUGGUACGAAAUUUUACAUUUUGAGUGAAAACGGUGGCACACGCAAAAUUUAUGUCCCGAACUCUGAUGAGGAUAAUGCUAGUCAAAUUGUAGGACAGCAUAUAGCGAGUUGUGAAAAUGACCUCAAACUUGCCAUAAUUGUUGGAAAGACUGGUCUCAACUUAGAAGAAUCUAAACGCUUACUGCAUAAUAGUUUAAACCGCCUAGGUUUAGCUCUUGGUUCUCACAGAACUAACUUCUUUGGUCCCAGAGAUCGGUCCAACGAUGAACAGUCCGAUAAUGAAUCUAUCUUCAGCACCAACUCUGAUGAUUCUGACGAUUCUUUGAGUUCGUCUAUAAUUUCUACGGCUAAUAGCGAGAAUUGCUCUCUUGUUCUUGUGGUUGAUGGCGGUGGGUCUAAGACUGCAGUCGUUAUUAAAUGCUCAAGUGGCAUCGAGGUUCAGUGUGAAACAGGAUCAUCUAACAUCGCCAGCUGUGGGGUGGAUGGUAUGAUUGAUGCAGUAGGGGCGGCAAUUCGUCUGGCUGUUUCUAAACUUCCUCCAUUUAUCACAGUAAUGAAUCCUAAGUCGCUCCAAAUUUUUGAUUCUGUAUGGAUUGGUAUCGCUGGAAUUUCCUCGACAAAGUACGAAAAGGUUUUAGACAGGUUUGAAGAGUUCUUGGGUCUCCCCCGUAACAAGAUUAGGCUUACAGGCGACUCAUCACUGUUGGCCGCUGUUUUGUCCUACAAGCCCGAAUAUGAAGCCGGUAUCAGCUUGGUUUCUGGCACUGGUUCAGGCGCAGUGGCUUACAAAUAUUAUGAUAAUCAAUAUGAAUGUCUAGGGAGAGCUGGUGGGUGGGGCUCCUACCUAGGUGAUGAGGGGAGCGGUUAUUACAUUGGCAUGCAAGCUAUCAAAGAUACCAUAGCUUAUCUGGAUCGGAAAAAACUGGGCCGGGUUUUGACGUCCUCCACCGUUCCCAAAAAGGGAAAGCUUGUUGAACUUUCAAAAUUUCAAAAAAAACUAAUUAGAUACAUGGGCAAUGAUGGUGGCGAUGAAGAUAUGUUUUUGACCGAUAUGAUAGAGUUCAUGUCCUCUAAUGAUAUUGAUAACAGCACUCGAAAGGCAAAGAUUGCUGAUGUUACUCGCAUUGUAUUUGAGGCCGCCUUUUCCGAGCCUCGCGAUGACAAAGCGUAUGCUAUUGCUCAAAAUGCAGCAUCAGUCCUUGUUAAAAAUAAUGUGUUACCCUUUACCGAAGAAGGUUUAAUUGAUCCGGGUCAGUCGUUGCUAAUCUUUGCUGGGUCUUUGUUGUGUAACGGGCCAUUUCAAGAUUUGGUUUUGGCUGCUCUCGAUCGCGAAGGAAUUCAUUUUAAGGGUAUUGAGGUAGUUGAACACCCGGCUCAAGUAGCAGCCAAAGGGUUGCUCUGUGAACUUUGA